AUGAGUCAGCUAACUGGAGUUGGGAUCGUUAGCUUUGUCAACGUGCUGCCUACGAUAUCCGAAGGCGUGACAAUGAGAGAAAAAAGGGGAGGUGCUAUGAGCAAAAUGCAAAAGCUUAGAAAGCGCCUGUCCCUUAGCUUCGGUAGAUUAUCAACAAAAGACGAGUCAGACGGCGACGGGGGCGAAUGCCGUGGGCGGCAGCAGAACGGCGGCGGGCGCGGCAAGCUACCCUACAACGGCUACUCAGAGGAGUGCCUCGACAGGCUCGAGCCCAAUGGGAACAUACCGCACGACAAGGACUCACACUAUGAGUGGAGCGGUGGCGGUAAUGGCGAGUAUCGUGUUCGAAGGCAGCUGUCGGUGUCAUCAGAUUCCAAACUCCUAGACGAGGGAGCGCGGGAGGACGCGCGGGUUGUAAUGAGGCCCAAGCGGCCGCCGAGGCCUAAAUCCGAGGCCUACCUCGGCCCUCACGAACACAAUAAUCGACGUACGAAGCGGUUUAGUGCCUUUGGGGGUGAUUCUCCGUUCGGGAAAUCAGAAGCGUAUAUGAAACUGGAGCAACUGGGCGAGGGAUCUUACGCAACGGUCUACAAGGGUUAUAGCAAUUUAACGCAGCAAGUGGUUGCGUUGAAAGAAAUCAGGCUGCAAGAGGACGAGGGUGCGCCGUUCACCGCAAUACGAGAAGCGUCGCUCCUCAAGGAGCUGAAGCACGCGAAUAUUGUUACGUUGCAUGACAUUGUGCACACGAGGGAAACGCUAACGUUUGUGUUCGAGUUUGUGGACACGGACUUAUCACAGUACAUGGAAAGGCAUCCAGGCGGUCUCAAUCACCACAACGUGAGGUUAUUUAUGUUCCAAUUGCUACGCGGUCUUUCCUACUGCCAUAGAAGACGAAUAUUACACAGAGACGUCAAGCCGCAAAAUCUCCUAAUAAGCUCUCACGGCGAGCUGAAGCUGGCUGACUUCGGGCUCGCACGAGCGAAAUCUGUCCCAAGUCACACGUACUCACACGAAGUUGUCACGCUGUGGUACAGGCCGCCAGAUGUCCUGCUAGGUAGCACGGAGUAUUCGACGUCUUUGGACAUGUGGGGAGUUGGCUGUAUAUUUGUUGAGAUGUUGUGCGGUGUACCCACCUUUCCUGGCGUUCGGGAUACACACGAUCAACUUGAAAAAAUAUUCAAGGUGGUGGGCACGCCGACGGAGGAGAGCUGGCCGGGCGUGUCGCGGCUGCCGGCGCUGCGCGAGCACGUGGCGCGCUGGGGCGCGGCGCCGGCGCGUGCUCUGGGCGCCGCCUGGCCGCGCCUGCGCGACGCGGGCCGCGACGCUGAGCGUCUGGCCGCCGCGCUGCUGCAGCCCGAGCCCGCGCGCCGCCUGCCUGCCCAGCGCGCCGCGCACCACGCCUACUUCGCGCCGCUACCGCCGCGCGUGCGUGACCUGCCCGACGAGGUGUCCAUCUUCACCGUCGAGGGUAUUUGUCUGCACCCGGAGACGCGACACGUCUCCAUCAAGUGA